GCAAUGCCGCCACCAUCAUUGGCAAAUCCCUCGUGGCGGCCCAAGGGCCGCCGCCAUCACCGGGACAGCGGUGGAAGUGGGGGCAGCUCUAGGAACACCGGCACGGGUGGCCAGCAGAGACUUUUCCGCAGCCGGGAGUACGGCUCACGAGUGCUCAGCAGUCUGAGUGAAUUGCGUGAGAGUGGCAUGCUAUGUGAUGUGACUGUGCGAGUGGAUGGCGAGGAGUUUGUGAUGCACCGUGUGGUCCUCGCGGCCAGUUGCCCCUACUUUGCGGCCAUGUUCCACUCUGGGCUGGCCGAGGCGGACUGUGGCACUGUCGAGAUACGGGGUGUGUCGGCUAGCAUUGCUGACCUGCUGUUUGGGUUCAUAUACGCAGGUGAGAUCCUGAUAACACGGGACAACUGCCAAGAUCUGCUCGCAGCUGCCAACAUGUUCAGGCUCGCUGACGUGGUUCAAGCGUGCUGCGACUUCCUUCAGAGGGAGUUGCACCCUUCCAACUGCGUGGGCAUCUUUCGCUUUGCUGAGAUGCAUGCAUGCACUAACCUGAAGCUGGAGGCAAAGCGCUUCAUCGAGAGGCGCUUCACCGAAGUCAUCAAUGAGGAGGAGUUCUACGAGCUGCCCACUGAAACCCUUCGCCACUUUUUGAAGAGCGAGGGACUCAGCAUCGAUAAUGAAUUUCAGGUUUUCGAUGCCACGAUGAAGUGGAUCCUGCACAAUGUGGAAGAGCGGCGCUCCCUGUUUUUCGAUGUGCUGGAGGCCAUCCGCUUCCCGGUGAUCUCACGUAAGCAACUGGAGCUCUACGUCGACACCUGUCCCGACAGGGAGCUACGCGAUGCUUUGCUCAAGUUGGUCCAGGACCUGAAGCCAGACCGCAGGCUGUGCAUUGACGGAAAGAGCAGUCAGGUACAAGUGGUGGACGUGCAACAGCAGCCUCGCAUGUGCGCUCGCAAAAGCGUCUACAUCCUCGGUGGCUGUCAUCGGCACACCGGCAUGCGCUUCGGCGAGGGAUACAGUCUGGCAAGCGUCGAGCGCUUCGACCCCGCACGAGGACAGUGGGCGGGCUCGCUUGCCCCCAUGGCUCACCCGCGGUCGGGGCCCGGGGCCGCGACUCUCAACCAGCUUGUCUACGUUGCGGGCGGGGAGAGCGACUGCCUCAUCCUGGAUAGUGCCGAAGUGUUUGAUCCCGUGGCCAACCGCUGGGAUAGCAUCACACCCAUGGUCCAGCCUCGCUGCAUGAUGGGCAUGUGUGCCUUGGAUGGCUGCCUGUACGCCGUCGGUGGCUGGGUGGGCGCGGAGCUUGGCGACACCAUCGAGAAAUACGAUCCUGAUUUGGACACGUGGCAGAUAAUUAGCCGAAUGACGGUCGGUCGUUAUGCCAUGGGAGUGCUUGCCCACGAAGGGCUCAUCUACGUCAUUGGAGGAUACAAUGACCUCAACUGCGAGCUUGCACUCGUCGAGUCGUACAACCCGGUCACCAAUGAGUGGCAGACGCUGGCUCCACUGCGGAAGCGCCGUGCUUACGUUGGUGUUGCAGUCUUGCACGACCACAUCUACGCCGUCGGUGGCAGCAGUGAUGUUGCCUCUGCACUCAACUCGGUCGAGCGCUAUUCCAUUGAGGAGAACCGUUGGACGGAGCUUCCUCCAAUGAGUAUGGCACGUGUGGGUGCGUCCGUCGUAGGUGUCAAUGGCCGUCUUCACGUGAUGGGCGGCCGACGUCCCUCGGGUUAUGACCGGCCUUUCGCAAUUGGUGGGCCCCCCCUCACGCUGGAGUCAGCUGAGACCUACGACCCCGAGGUCAGCAUGUGGUCCAAGGCGACACCUAUGCCGCUCAGUCGUUGCUACGCGGCGGCCGUUGUCGUCUAAGCGCUGCCACUAAGGGUAAAAAGCAACCUAGCAAAAAAACUAAGGACCUUUUCACAGCGCUCUCUCUCUCACUCUUGUUUACUUCUCUCUCUUUAUGUGCUCGUUUUGUUGGCCAUGCCCUCUUGUUUCCCACAAUGCCAGUUGGCAAUUCUGUUGUGGAUUCCUGUAGCAGAUGUCUGCUCUUACAAGCCAUGCUUGUUUUGUUCCAUCUUUUCAGCCCCAAAGUUAGGCGAGGGCUGUUUCAUUCACUUCCUGCACAGCCAUUUGCGGAAGCUUUUGUUUUUUUUUUUUACGUGCGAAUCUUGACACAUGGUGCACCAUCCUUUCUGCGAUCAUCAAGUCACAUCAUUUGUUUUAGGUUUUAGCAUAUUUUUUUGUUUUAAUGUCUUGUUUGAACACCUAACUGCCAGCUGGCGUGUUUUACCAGCCAGUACCACAUUUUUUUUAGAACUUUUGAGCUUGAGAAUGUGGGCUUGUUUCUCAGCCACCGUGGCGUCGCUUUGAUGGGGGGCAAAAUGCAAGAACAUGGAUGUACUUAGAUUUAGGUGCAUAUUGAAGAACCGAGAGUGGUUGGUUAGAGUUAACUUAAAGUCCCUCAAAACAGUGUGCCUCAUAAUUGUAUUGUAGUUUUGGCAUGUAAAACACCAGAAGUAAUUUCAUGUACAUCUGUGACUGAUUGUGUUUUUAGAUACAUAAGUGCAAUGAAGAAUUUUGUCCUGGCAUUCUAGGUUUUGAUUGCCCUUGUGUCUAUAAUGGAAUGAAAAUUCGCUGCUCAUUCGGGACAGCUAAUUUAUUAGUUUUCACGCACCUACUGACAUUGGCACUUCAGUAAUUAUUACCCGCUCUGUUUGCUGGCCAAACAGUCCCCAAGAACCAUUGUCAUGAGUGUGCACUCCCUCUUCUGUGCGUGUGAAGCUAUACGUAAAGAGAAAGUCCUCUUAGAAAGCUGGAUCCAAAUGCCGAUGAAGAGGCACUUUAUACACACAUGGUUGCUGUGUGUGAAGCUUGUCUUUCGGACUGCAGCUGAUUCGUACCUUCUAAACAUACAAGGAUAAGCAUUAAAGGCACGCUUUUUAAGUGUGCUUUUCAAGCACGCUGUAUAAGCAUAUCAACAUGCCUAAAUGGACACUCUCUUGAAGAGAAAAGUCACUGUCAAGGGUGUCAGUGCAUUUGCAAGUGUUUCAACCUUCAUUUAAAUACCAGGUCAUCAGAAACGUGAAGUGCAACAGUAUUGUUGGUAGCAACAUAUUGUAUCGACUUGUUCAACCACAGAGCAUUAUAUAGAUCUCAUUGUUACUCGAGUGCUAUCGUUAAAAAAAGUUUUUAAGGCUGCAUGUUAUUGGAUAUGUCAGUGCCAAAAAUUUACACCUGCAGCUAAAUAAGAAAUCAUAAUAAAUAAGAAACUGAGGAACCGAGCAGCUGAACCUUUGUAGAAAUUGAACUUUAGGCAAACUUAUGUCCAGUAUAAAAAAAAAACAAUCGAAACAGGUGGCAGAGUUAGGGGGCACAGUCUUCGAUCUUCAAACGUCAUAUCUGCAGUGAAACACAAUUAUCGUUCAAGUGUUUAUCAUCGUACAUUUUAGUAUAGUUGCUGGUGCUUGCUUACGUUACAGAAUAUACAUCAUGAAUUGUGUUUCACACCCGCUGCAAUUACAGGCUGGGUAGAAAUGGCAACAUUUAGGCAGCUUCCUAAACAUAUCGGUGCAUCUGGGACUGAGCGAUGACCCCGCAACAUUCAUUUUCUCGGGAAAGUCAAUUGACCAGAAAACCACAGGUAAACGUGUCGACAAAUUUUACUACCGCUCAUAUACUUGCCGGAUGGUAUGUACGUCGCUGGACGGUGCUCUUGGCCAACCACUCUUGUUUACGUCUCUGGCAACCUGAUAUGCCAGAAAAGUGCAGCACGCUUGUGUACAAACUAAACCUCGCUAAUUAAAAGUAGGGAUAACGAAAAGCACGUAGUAGGGAUAAAUGUUAGUGCCAAAACGGAGCCCACUUGUAUAAAUGACAAACGGCAAGACUGAGGCCGCCUUCUUAAGUGUGACGUAUCUUUAUGGAGCAUUGAGUCAGAUGCAUCGUUAUGGAGCAUGUGUUGUAAAGAGCCAGUUGUGCUUUGAACAUUUUGCCCGAACUUGCACGUGUGAUAGAGGUGCUUACAGGUGGAUAUGCAAACUAACGCUUGCAACUGACUGCCCCAUGCUUCUGUGUGCGGUCUUUCAUAUUUUACAAGACUUCUUUGUGGGAAAUAAGUGGAUGUGACUUGUGAGAGAAUUACCACAAGUGUUUGUGCACGAGCCAUGCUUUGACACUUCCGUUUGAACGCUACUGAUUGAGAAUAAGCUUUACUUUCUGGGGUAGUUGCGGUUCAAUAGCGCUCGUCAGCGAUAGGUGUGCUGUAGUAUUGCAGCGGGCAUUAGCCAUGCCUGCUUUCGCCACACUUUUGAAACUUAUCUUCGGGGUAAUAACCACGAAGCUUUAUUCAUUGCAGUGACUAAUUAGUAAUUUGUGUUUAAAUAAGCCUUGCUUGUUAAACAAAUGUAAGUCAGUGAGGAGAUUCAUUUACUUUUGUUAAUUAGCUUUUUUUUUGGAUGAGAUGAGGAAAUGUGAGUAUGCAAGCUUGGCAUGUGAGUGCAGAAGAAUUGGUCUCUUAUUUUAAAUGAUGUUGUUAGGUAUUAAAACAUCAAAAGGCUUAGAAAGCAGCUUAUGUGAUAAGAGUGGAGCAGCUGCCCCAAAGAGUGACUCUGUAUUGAGUGAUUGUAGCAGAUUGCAACAGUGCGAGUUAAGUGACGCACUAGUUAUAACGUAAAAGGUGUCGUCUCAAGAUGUUCAUCGUGAGUAGCGUGCGGAAACUGGUUCACAUAUGACGUGUGGCUUCUUUUUUUGCUUUCUUUCAGGGGUUUUUUGUUUUUAUUUUCGAAGCAUGGCCUAGGGGGGAAGAAAGCUUCGUUUUUUACUCUACAUUUUUUGUUACUGUGUGUCCUGGAUGACUUCUUUCAUGAAGAGUCCCGUACAUUAGCUCAGUCUAUUGAGUAGUGCUUAAACGCUGAGGGAUCGUCUUCUACAUUUGUUAAUAGCAUUGAAAAUGGCAAGGUGUAAGUGCCUUUUGGAACCCUUGAAAGCAUAUCUGAAAAGUCUGACAUAAGAGCGCUGAAAUAAUGAAAGCAAACAGAGUGCUUCAAGGACACAAGACAUGAAAGUAAUAAUGUAUCAGUGCUGCUUGUACAUUGUUUGGCAUGGCCACCAAUCGGUGGCGAAGUGAUACGUGUGCAUGGGCCUGAGUAGGCAACAUGCUUCAGUCAGUAUGCAAUGUGAUAGAACUACGUACUAGCGAGUGCCAUGAAGCGUUCAGUCAUGAGCGAGAGGGACGGGGUCGGUGGACAGUUUUGUGCAUUGUUGAUGGAAUAUGCUUGGGAAAGUAUGCACUCAGUUUUUGCUUUAGGAAGGACACUUUAAGAGAAAACGGCUAUUUAAACUAGUAAAUUAACAUUCAGAGAUUACUUGCCAAAGAAACAGGUUCAGCAAGCAAACCAAGAGUCAAAAAGUGAGACGCAUAGCUGAAAACACCAGAUAGUACUGGCAUCUUGUUUUAUUUUGGUGUUCACAUUUAAGAAUGACUAAUGCUAAAUGACGAGUACAUUACCCGGUGAAGUUUCUAGGAGGACAGUGAAUUUAACUUUUUGCAAAUUGUAGCUGUAUAUUCAAAGCCCUGAUUUACGUAGCCUAUACGGAACAGUGUACAAAUGUAAGUGAUGCUCAUAACGCCAACAGAUAUAUGUAGCUACUGGUAAUAUCAAGCGCAGCAAUCUUGCAAAAAAAAAAGUAAGUGAGUGCACUUCUCCAAUAAGCGAACAUGUUUUUGAAGAAUUGAGCACUAAGAUUGACUGUUCUUGUUUAAAAACCUCAUUCAAGUAAAAAAUUUUUCUGGUGGUCUUUUCAAUGUGUCUUUGUUGUUUUUUUUGCGUGACAAUGCUCAUAUGCCUAGUCUGUGCAAACUAUGCUUGCUCUUAAGAUGUCAGCUCACCUGAGAGCCAGUGGCUAUCUGUGUAGGGUACUUUCUGCUACAUCACUUGACAAGGCUUCUCAUGGCAACCUUUCAUAGCUUGUAAACAUGGCCCAGAAAAACACCAUUUUAUAAGGGUUGCAUAAAACUAUUCUUGAGUUCAGCUUGUGAGAUGCAUUUUUUUUUAAUAUUUAGACUUGGUAAUCUAUGUUGCAACUACCAAUAUCGCGCAAUUUUCCACUUUGCUGCGAAAAAUGAACCAGCCAUGUUGAGUGGCUCGCCAGCGCAAACUUCCUCUUUUACUGUGAAAGCUUUUUUGCCCAAGCUUUGCCAGUUCUUUUUUAUUUGUUUGUGCUCUCUCUCUCUUCAUCUGCUUUCUCCUCUCGCCAAAAAAAAUAAAUUUUGGGGUGUAAAGUUUCACCCCCUUUCAGGUGUUCUUGUUAUGCCACUGCAAUUUCCAUAAGUCUUGCGUGGUUCCCCUUUCUCAUCCAAAACCCUGUGCGUGGCAAUACCAUGAUCAUCUUCAGCUUUUUAAGAGCUCCUAACAGGAAACUAGCUUGUACACAGUGAUAAAGAAGGGACUAAAAUUUGAAAUUAAUCUUAAUUCUCAUGUAUCGUGUAUCAUUUUUACACCAUUUAAGGCAUGACUUCAACUGCACCUUUUAGGUUGUCGGUGUCAACUCCCCUUUGUGCAAUGAAGCUACAGUUGUCAUACUCAAAACAAGCAUUUUGAGCGACACCCUAAAAAAUGUCAUUUCUUACCUCUGAGGUGUGUACAUGUUUUCAAGCAUUCUUCUAGUCUUUCUGUGGUGAGUGUGGCGUAGACAAGACUUUAUCAAUGCAAACUGAAAUGUGUAGUGGACUCCCAGAGCGUGUCUUGCGCUUUCUGUUCUUGCGUGCAAGGCAGCAGGCACCUUUCACAGCUAUUCACUCUGCACACGUUACUCCAUAGUAGCAGCUUUCCGUUGUAGGAACCGGCGGCUCCGAUAAUGUAGUCUUCCUCAAAUGUUUCACUAAGGUGCUGGCUGCAGUCAAUACUUGUCUUUUUUAUUUGUUUCCGUGUGGGGUGCGUGCGUUUGUUUGUCAAUGUCCGAUGUUUUUUGCCAUUGCUAAAGCUGUGAGAGACUAUUUCGAGUGCGCUUCGGAAGAACUUAUCCGUGCAGGGUACCGUAUUCGCCGUAUUCGCCACAAGAGCCAGUGACCACAUCACCAGUUGUAUUCUCUUUCCCGAUUGUCAUUGGAACUAGGCGUGUCUUUUUGCUGUAACGUGACUGUAUUUGGUAUGUAGAGGUUCACAUAUCCUAGGUUAGGUUGUAUGCGCUGUUUGCUUGUGUUUGUUGUAGUAACAUAAAGCACGCAGAGAUUUUGUUGUACUAUGCCUACUGCCAUUAUUAAGCCUAGCAUUGCUUACAUUUAUUUUAAAAUGAAUGUUUUAUUCAAGGCUGUGUAUAUGCUACAAAAUGUUUUUUUUUUUUAAAGGUAGACAGGUUCUCGCUUUCUUUUUGUGUGUGGUACCGGUGAAUACACUUUCAUUUUGUAAAUAGUAUGUAUAGUUUUAUUGUGAGGUGAUAUCACUGGAAAAAAAAAAAAGAAGAGAAAAAAAAAAGACUGCUUUAGUGCAGCAGCUCUCACUACCAAAGUGCAGUUUAUGCUGUUUUAUUUAACUAGCGACUAUAUUGUAAUUGGUGUGUACGCUUUUGAGUGCUGCGGGGGAUGGGUGUGCCUACAUUUGCCCGAGGCGUUAUUUUCAAUGCGCAGUAAUCAUUUGUUUUUCGCAGACAUUUUAAAGUUUGUUGUGAUAUCAACAAUGCAAUGCACUCUACAGUCACUCUGCUUUGUUUUUUGUCUUUUCGUGAAAAUAACUGUAAUAUCAAUAGUUGUUUCCAAAGUCCGCUUCACUGCUGGUAUAGCAGGUUUGAGCAAAUGCAUUAGAAAAAACAAUUUUAGGAAGAAAAAUAUUUGUACCUUUCAAGCUGAAAAAUAUACAGGUUGUAACUCGGGAGGUGCUAGACACUCACUGAACCUGUUGCUCAGACGCUCAGAUCACUUGUGUUGGCUGGUAAACAUGAGUCGGGUGAACAGAGUUGGUUAGGAGGCUGAGCUGGCAUAUGGCAGGCAUCACGACCUACAUCAGUACCAGUAAGCAGCCACAUGGCGAAAUCUGAUGCCAAACUGUCACCCAAGCUAGCCUCGCAACUUUUGGCCGAGGCUGUACUGGUGACACUUAUUGACAGAGCCGCGAAGCAAAGCUCUCCGACAGAUCCCGAGUGACCGUAGCUGUAAUCUGUAUUUUAAGGCUUGCUACAAUACAAACCGGCUGUCUUUCUCAAUUGCAGAGUGGCUUAGAAAUGCCUAGAAAUGUGUCUUCACAUUAACAUCUUUUGUCUGUUUACAGGCUCGUGUGCGAGAGUUCGUGCAUAGUGACCAUUGUGGUUGCUCUUUGGUAAUUUUUGCCCACUACUUCCGGAAAACUGUCUAACACAACUUCUUUGAAGUUGAAGCUGCUUAAAAUUGGUUCCGAUUUCAACACAGCUUUGCGAAAAAUUAACAUGUAAAAGCGGUUAAGCUUGAAUCAAAUAGUGCGCGUCAUGCCGAAAACAGAAGCGGUGCAAUGCCCCGGCAGAUUGCCAUAGCGGCCCAUGGCAAUAACGCACGAACAACCAAGAAAGCCGAUGCUUUCUUGGUGUAUUGACAUUUCUUGGUGUCUGUAUUUUCGCUUUUCUCAGCUUGCUCAUUUUCUCAGGCUGCAGUAUUUGGAGAAAAAAGUGUGAUUUCGCACUGCCUCUUUUUGUGUGUGCUUGUAUAAGCGUACUGUGAGAAAGAAAAAAAAAAGUACAAAAGCUAUAUUGUAAAAAAAUGUUAAAAUAUAGUUUAAUAAAUGGUUUGUACAAAGCCUCA